CUUCUACUCUUCUCCAAUUCAUCUCUUUAGCUCUCCCGACCUACACCACAUCAACUUCUUCAUCUCAUAUGCACACUGAAGAUGGCAUCUGGCCUCCUCAUCGCCCAGCUCGCCCUCUACGCCCCCCUAGCCCUUCCAACCCUCUACCUCCUCUACAGCCAUGGCCGCCACGGCCUCCUCGCGUGGCUCUACCUCCUCGCCUUCUGCAUUCUUCGCGUGACUGGCGCCGCCAUGGGCCUCAACGACCCGCACAACGCAGGCUCCCAAAUAAUAUCCAGUAUCGGGCUCUCGCCGCUGCUGCUUUCGAUAGACGGGGUGUUGCAUGAGGCGAGAGUAUACUGCCUGUCCCCCAGCAAACGAACCGAAUGGUCAUUCAUGGCGCUCAUCCAUAUCCUCGUCGCGACGGGGGUGGCAAUGGUUGGGGUUGGUGCUGGCGGGUUGUUGGGCAAUACGCCCAAGGCCAGUGAUUUAUCCAACGUCAAGGUCGGCAUGGUGUUGUUGGAGGCUACUUGGGGUGUGCUCGUCUUGUGGGCGCUGUGGACGCUUUGGAGUGCAAGGGGAGGGGGACGGAAAACUGGUGGAAGCCGACAUGGAGGCGCACCGGUGGGCUUGGCCAUGAGGGAGGGGAGUUUGCUUCUAACCGGCACCCUCAUCGCCCUUUUCCUCGUCGAGAUCUCGGUGAUAUACAUGCUUAUCGCGGAAUUCACGCAGCGCGCGGAUCUAAACAUAGCGACAGGGAGUUUGGGUGUCCGUGUUGUAUUGGGAUUUCUCCCGGAGUUGCUUACGGCGAUCGUUUUGGUUUGUGUCGGGAUUAUGACGAGGGGGGUGGGUAAAAUUGGUGCUGGUGAACCUGGGCUCAGGCAUGGGCAACGGCGUCGGCAUAGGCAUUCCCAUGGACAUGGAAGGCGCUCGAGUCCGAAGCAUGGGACUCGGUUGAAUUCGAGGUGACAUACCCGUUUGCACCCGCACUCUGCUGGGCGGAGCGGGUGAGGAUUAGUGUCGAAAGGGGACAUGGAGGUUGUUCCUUGUUCUAUGGUGUGUUACAUGCUGCAAUGCGCUAGUCGCUAUACAAUGGACUCUAUUAUAGUUCCAACCUUAAUAUAUAUCUGAGGCGCAUGGGGUGCUCGCGGG